CUUCGUUUCCUAGCGACCAAUUUCCAUGGUUACACAACCUACGCUGAGAGCGCCAGGCUGCCCUUAAGGCCCAGGAAAAGAUCCCCAGGAAGUUGGGAAGACGCGGCUCUAACUCCAGAUGCUGGCCAAGAAUGCCUCCCACUCAGGCUGAAAGUGUUAUAAAGAAUAUCAUUCGAGAAAUAAGACAAGAAUGUGCAGCCCAUGGAGAGAUUGUUUCUGAAACUCUGGUUGCUUUUAUGGUCAAAGCUGUGGUCCUGGACCCAAGUAAUGGCUUUAACACGGAUAGAACGCUCAUAAAAAGUGACGUGCAGAAACUUGUUAAGCUUUGUGUGGCUCGGCUCUUGGACAGUAAAAAUCCAUCCCUGGACACCAUUAAGAUGCAAGUCUACUUUGAUAUGAAUUAUACAAGACGAGAGGAAUUUCUCGAAGAACAUCACCGGGUUGUAGAGUCUAGAUUAGGCUCUGUUACCAGAGAAAUUACAGAUAGUCGGGCCUGUAUUCGAGAAGAGCUGGAAAGCCUCUACCGCAAGAUUGUCAGCUACCUGUUGCUACGCUCUGGGCUGGGGUCCCCAACAGACAUCAAGGUUGUCAGAGAGGCAACAGCAGCCCUACAGAGUGUUUUUCCUCAGGCUGAGCUUGGGACAUUUCUAACUCUUUCUGAGAAAGACAAAGAACGCCAACUGAAAGAACUCACCAUGAUUGUUACUGGAAUCCGUUUAUUUAACCGAGACUGUGGAAAGGGAGGAGAAGGCAUUGAUGACUUGCCAGCUAUUCUACAGGAAGCCAUCCCAGCCACCACACAGCAUAUUGAUUCCCAACUCCAGGUGGUCCAGGACCAGGCAUACCGCUACACAGCCAUCCUCGAGAAAGUGGUAAAAAACCCACUGUUGAGUCAAGAGCUUCAGCCCUAUAUGUUAAAAGAAGCCCUGUAUAACUUGCGACAAUAUGAGAUCUUCCUUCAGAUCAUUUUGUCAGAUAUAAUUACUUGUGCUCAAGAAGUGGAAAUGAUGAUAAAGCAGUUAGGAGCCCAACUCGAACAAUUAAAAAUGACUGUAAAAUCAAAGACGGCUGUUCCAACAUCGCAAGUUUUUCCCAUCUUCAUUGCCCUUUCCAAUCUGUGGACUAGCUUCCAGGAUGAAACUGUUUUGAUUAGUGUCCUCAGUAAUUUAACUACUCAUCUCGAGCCAUUUCUGGGUGCUCAUGAAUUAUUCUUUCCUGAAAAAGUAAUGCAAGAUCUUCUUGACCGAGUGGCUGUGAAAACUGAUGUGUGUAGAAUCAAAGAACACAUGGAAGAUAGAGUAAAUCCAGCGGAUUUCAGAAACCUGGAAUGGCUUUUCCCAGAAACAACAGCCAAUUUCGAUAAAUUGUUAAUUCAGUAUCGGGGGUUUUGUGGCUACACAAUUGCUGCAACAGAUGGUCUUCUCCUUCCAGGAAAUCCAGCAAUUGGAAUUUUGAAAUAUAAAGAAAAGUAUUACACUUUCAAUACCAGAGAUGCUGCAUAUUCGUUUGCAGAAAAUCCUGAAAAUUAUAUUGAUUCAAUUACAGAAAAAGCCAAAAAAAAUGCAGAAUUGAUUCAACUACUAGAACUUCAUCAACAGUUUGAAACCCUUAUUCCAUAUUCUCAGAUGAAAGAGGUUGGCAAACAUUAUAUAAAACCAAUUACAAUGUGUGAAAGUAGCACACAGACGGAUACACACUUAUUGCCACCAACAAUUGUGAGAUCAUAUGAGUGGAAUGAAUGGGAGUUAAGAAGAAAAGCUAUAAAACUGGCCAAUUUGCGUCAGAAAGUUACUCACUCAGUACAAACCAAUCUUAGUCACAUGAGAAGAGAAAAUUGUUCCCAGGUGUACCCUUCAAAGACCGCUAGCACACAGUCCCUGAGGGAAGGCAGCAGCCAAGUGCCCCGGCCCCAGAUCUACAUAGCUGGUCUUCGCGGGGGCCAGACUAAGACUACCUAUGGAGUAAAGGUGAACUUAACCAGAGGCGUUGAUGAAACCUAGUUAGAGACCACGUUUUGAACAUCGGUACCACCGAAGUAUGAACAAUGGCAACUAUUUAACAAUAUUUUGCAUCCAUGAAAAUUGGCUAAUUUGGGGAGGGGGCCGGCACAUUCAUUGGUGAUAUGAAUUAUUUUGGAUUCUCAUUUACAUGUACAGUCCAACUGCUACAAAAAAAUGAAAAAUUGUUUUCUGUAAUACAUUUUUCGUUCUAUUAAAACUGAAAAGUAAAACUCUGUCCAUUCCUCUUUGACCUGUUAGAAAAAAAUUUAGCAUCAUUAAGAUUGAAAUUAUUAGGAGUUCCCAUUCUGGCGCAGGGAAACCAAUCCGACUAGGAACCAUGGGGUUGCAGGUUUGCUCCCUGGCCUCACUCGGUGGGUUAAGGAUCCAGCAUUGCUGUGAGCUGUGACAUACGUCGAAGACAUGGCUUGGAUCUGGUGUGGCUGUGGCUGUAGCUGUGGCUGUGGCCAGCAGCUGUAGCUCUGACUAGACCCUUAGCCUGGGAACCUCUACAUGCUGCUGGUGUGGCCCUAAAAAGCAAAAAAAAAAAAAAAAAAAAAAAAGAUUGAAGUUAUUAGACAUUAGUAUAUUAUAAGAUGAUUAUGACUGGGAUAGAAAUUUAUUUAGAUAACAUAGAUUAUAUGACUGGGAUAGAAGUAUAUUUUUAAUAUUAAACAGUAAAAAUUUAAACCAUAGUCAAUGUUUUCCUUUUCAUUAGCUGAUUAAAUUUAUAUAAAAUAUAUAAUGGAUCAUAUAUAUUAUAUAUAAUAAGAUCUCACUAAUUUGGAACAGUUAGAAUAAAAGCCCACAUGGUGUUUUUUAAAAUCUGGAAAUUUGGAGUUCCCAUCAUGGCACAGUGGAAACGAAUCCGACUAGGAAU